GAAAUCCGACUGAUGAAACUUCAUCCAUCUCAAAGCAAUGAGGUGAUAUCUUGCGACUUGAUCCACUUAUCAUUGGAAGAGGCUUCGAAACUUCAGUAUCAUGCUCUGUCCUAUUGUUGGGAUGACACCAACGUUCCCACGAUUCCCGGCACUUGUCAUCCAGCCAUUCUUUGCAACGAAUACCGCAAACCAGUCACACUCAGCCUCCUCCUAGCACUUGCAAGAAUGCGCCAGAGCGGUUGCCAGUAUGUUUGGGCCGAUCAAAUCUGCAUCAAUCAAUCCGACAAUGUCGAAAAGGAGCAUCAGAUUGCUCUCAUGCAUGGCAUCUACACGCUUGCUUCGGUAGUCUUUGUCUGGCUUGGAGAAGACACCAACACGAAAUCAGCCGCUCGAGGCAUUGCCAUGGCACGGAAAGUCGCAAAGUCGACAGAAGAAACACAAAUUUUAACCGCGCCAGAGAAGUUUCUGCAGAUGACCAGUGAAGUCUGCGCAGCCUAUGGGAUACCUGAUAUCAAGGAACUGCCGGAUUAUCUUGAAAUGAUGAACUUGGUUCGAAGGCCAUGGUUCCGUCGUUCGUGGGUCGUUCAAGAGAUUGCAUUGAGACCAACGCGGGCCGUGGUACAUUGCGGG